UAAUUGUUGUGAUAAACUUAUUAAAUAGAUUCUGAGUGGUGUUGAUCACACUUUAUCCUUCAAUUAAGUGACACUAGACAACUGUCAGCAUCAGAAAUGACGUCAUCCGAAGUGAAAUCGGAGACAAGUGCGACCUCAAUGUCCUCGGAUGAGAUGAAAACUCUGGAGGACUUCAAAGUGUGGAAGAGGAAUGUCCCUUUUCUAUAUGACAUGGUCAUGGCCCAUGCACUAGAGUGGCCCAGUCUCACAGUUCAGUGGAUGCCAGAUGUGAACAAAACAGAACACUCAGACUACACUCUGCACAAGAUGAUUUUGGGCACUCACACUACAGAUGAGCAGAACCACUUGUUGAUUGCCAAUGUCAAAAUACCCACUGAGGAGGCAGUGUUGGAUCUGAAUGCUCAGGAUGCAGCUAUGGCCAACUAUGGCUACUUCGGCCCCAUACAAGGCAGACUCGAGGUGGUCCAUAAGAUCAACCACGAGGGAGAAGUUAACAGGGCAAGGUACAUGCCGCAGAACAGCAAGAUCAUAGCGACUAAGACCCCCAGCACAGACGUGUUGGUGUUCGACUACACCAAGUACCCCGCAGACCCAGAGCCCACAGGGGGGUGCACGCCCGACCUCAGGCUGAAAGGCCACGAGAAGGAGGGCUAUGGUCUGUCGUGGAGUGUGAAGUCGGUGGGGAAGUUGUUGAGUUCCUCGGACGACCACAUGAUCUGCAUGUGGGACAUCAACGGGGCACCCAGGGAGGCCAAGGCCAUAGACGCCACCAACAAAUUCACAGGCCAUGAGUCUGUGGUUGAGGAUGUGAGUUGGCACUUGCUGCAUGCACAUAUCUUCGGCUCAGUGGGCGAUGACAAGAAACUGCUCAUUUGGGACUCGAGGAACAAGGGCAGCAAGCCCACCACCAUCAUAGACGCACACCAGGCCGAAGUGAACUGUCUGUCGUUCAACCCAUUCAGCGAGAACAUCUUGGCCACUGGUUCGGCUGACAAGACCCUCGCCCUGUGGGAUCUGCGCAACCCCAAAGUGAAGCUGCACUCGUUCAACGCACACACAGAUGAGAUCUUCCAAGUGAACUGGUCCCCACACAACGAGACUAUUCUCGCGUCCUCCAGCACUGACAAGCGACUGAUUGUGUGGGACUUGUCCAAAAUAGGUGACGAACAGACAGCCGAGGACGAGCAAGACGGACCCCCCGAGUUACUCUUCAUCCACGGGGGUCACACGGCCAAGAUAUCCGACUUCUGCUGGAGUGCAGCCGACCCCUGGCUCCUCACUUCUGUGUCGGAGGAUAACAUUGUACAGGUGUGGAAACUGGCAGAACACAUUUACGCUGACGAUGACGGAAUUGAACAAGACGUGAAACUUUGAACAGGAUACGUGGAAUGAAACUAAAUUAUGGACUUAAUGCUGUCUUGAUAUUUUCAGGCUUAUUGUGCAAUUAGGAAAGUAAAGUAGGCGUGCGAAUCUUUCGAAGAAAAAACUGGAAUGAUUCUUUUACAGUUUCUGAGGAAAGUUUACUGAAUGAACAGACUUUAGUUCAAUGAAAAAACGAGAAAAAUUGAAAGUUAAGGUAUGCUUGAAUUGAAUUUUUAAAUAAUCGCUAUUCAUAAUGUUCAGUGAAGUAUUGAAAAAUAUGGAUUACUUUCUGUCGUUUGAUGGAGCUUAAUUCAGAUAGGAGCGACAGCUUAAGUUUGUUGAUUCGUGACGUUUCUUUGAUUUGUUGAUUUGUGAGCUGAACUGUAGUCUAUUUUGUACUUUCGUUUUCUUAAUUUAUUUUUAAACCUA